ACUUGAUUUACUCAAACGAUCCGAGGCAAGCAAAUUUACUCAAACGCAGAAGCCGAAUCGAGCGCCGUCUGAUUUCCCCCUUCCCGCAGCCGAAACCCCGCCGCCGCCGCCGCCGCCGCCACGCGCCGUGCGUAGAACCACGGCCAUUCCGCUCCAGCGGGAGCCGCCUCCCCGGAUCCUCCUCUCGUCGGCGCCGCACGCCCAUUACGGGGAACUGCUUCCAUGACGCACCGACACCCAGGCCCAAGUCGACGCGCAGCAGCUCGCGCCGCCAUGGCCCCUCCUUACAGCGACCGCGACCGCGACCGCGUCCUCGGCGAGGAGGUGCUAUACCUCCACUCCCUCUGGCGCCAAGGCCCGCCGCCGGACUCCGCUCCCGCCCCGCCUGCCCGCGUGCCCGGGGGAUCCAUCGCAACCCGCAUCCGCGCCGAGCGGCGGCAGCGCCGCAAGCUGGAGCACCCCCCGGAGCCCGAGGACCCCGGCUCCGCGUGGCCCCUCCCGCCCUCUCCGCCCGCCUCCCCCGCCUCUCGCUGGGCCGUGGCUUCCUCCUCCCCCGCCCGGCAGUCGCCGCCGCCUUCGCCGGGAUCUCUCGCGCAGCAGGCUGCCCUUCGCGCCGCGGAUGAGUUCUUCUCCAGGCACGCCUCGCGCGACGACGAAGAGGGGUCUGAUUCUGAAUCGGAUGACGAGGAGGAGGAGGAGGAGGCGGCGCGGUUCUUCAUGGGGCUGUUCGAGCGGGACGCGGCGCUGCGGGGCUACUACGAGAGGAGGUGUGAGGAUGGGGAGUUCCUGUGCAUGGGGUGCGCCGGGAAGAAGGCGAGGAAGGGCAAGUGCAGGAAGUUCCAUGGCUGCCUUGGCCUCGUGCAUCAUGCGCACGGCGCCAAGCGCUGUGGGAGGCCGCGGGCACACCGCGCGCUCACCGCCGCCCUCUGCCGUGUGCUCGGCUGGGACAUGGAGAGGCUGCCCAGUAUUGUCACCGACCCCCGCGGCACCCUCGGCCAGGCGCUUGAUGGCGAUGGCGCCGCUGCCCAUGAGAUAAAGGAGGAUAUUGAUACUCGGAACAAUGCUGUCCCCUUGAGUGAUGGGGAAGCAGUGAAGAAGGAUGUUGUCAUUGACACAGGGAAGUGCGUCCCAUCAAUUAAUGACAAUGCUGGCGAGGUUCAUGAACAAGAGAAGGGUAUAGGAUCUGCUGAAAAGGAGGAUACAGACGAUAUAGACCCACCGAGCUCCGAAGACAUACCUAAAGAGGUCUGUAAAACUGUCCAGGAGGAAGAAGCUGCCACAGAGAAUGGGGAGCAUGCUAACAAUGUUGUUAGAACUGGAGGAGAUGAUAGUGCUAACCUGGGAAACAACCCAAUGGAUUCACCAAAGGUGUACUCCUGCACCCAUGCCAUCUGGACAUCAAGAAUGGAGAUCUAGAUUAACACACAGGGAGAAGCCACUCACUUGGUGCCAAUUUGUGACACUCCACUGGCUCAGCCACUCCAACCCCAAGUCUUAGCCUGGCCAUUUUGCAUCUAGCGACUGACGGGACUGGGACAACCAUGGACAGGCCAUAACACCACCACAAGGUCCACAAUAGCAAUGGCUCAUUUCUGCUGGCCAACCUAACCCCACAACCGCCGGCUCCAACCAUCCAACCCGCGCCACAUGUUUAUGGCCCUGACCCCUGCUGCCACCUGAUCCGGCCACCCUAACUCUUUCACAACUGGAUCGGGCCCCAUCAACAUCGACAGCUUGUACUCCGCCGUCGAAAUUUUCAUCCUCCGUAAUGCCAAGGAGCAUACCACUGCGACUCCUCGCUAUGGUGUGCGUACUUGUAUAUUUUCUUUUUACAUUAUCUUGGGCAGUAUAUUGUUUCAUUUCAGACAUUAUGUUGUAUUUUGCAUUGUUGAACCGGCGAAAUUUUCGUCCUCCGUGAUGCCAAGGAGCAUACCACUGCCACUCCCUGCUAUGGUGUGCGUGCUUGUAUAUUUUCUUUUUACAUUAUCUUGGGCAGUAUAUUGUUUCAUUUCAGACAUUAUGUUGUAUUUUGCAUUGUUGAACCGUCGAAAUUUUCGUCCACCGUAAUGCCAAGGAGCAUACCACUGCCACUCCUUGCUAUGGUGUGCGUACUUGUAUAUUUUCUUUUUACAUUAUCUUGGGCAGUAUAUUGUUUCAUUUCAGACAUUAUGUUGUAUUUUGCAUUGUUGAACCGUGUGUAAUAGUCUUUUAAUUUAAAAAUACUGUGUAAUACAAUGUCUUUUAACA